GUGGCGUUGUGCGGCCGUGCAAGAGAAACCGCUGCUCUCCAUGGGCAAGGUGGAGCUGGAGUGGAGGCCGAGGCAGCCGCUGAUGCUAAAGGAGUGGCUGGAGCUGGAGUACAGUGCGGAGCUCUCCCGCGACGGCUUGGGCUGCUACCCGCGGCACCUCGCCACCGAGCCCCGGAGCGCCGGCUGCAGGCGGAGCCACGUUAUCGCCAGGGUCUCGGCUGCGCUGAGGGCCGCGCUGUCCCGCCCGCCGUCGGCACGACAGGUGGAGGCGGUUGCGCUCCCCGGGAGCCUCCCGGCGAGGCUGCGAGUGGUGGGGUUCUGGAAGAAGCGGAGGGGGGAGAUGGAGGAGACGGACAGGCAGGUGGCGAGCUGCUCCGCUACUGCCGCGAGCUCUGGAAGGAGGGAUGGAGCGUGUUCGCUGGCAACGUCUCCGCGGCGCAUGGGUCAGGAGAGUCGCCAGGCCGGUGGCGAUCGCGUAGGUCUCGGCGGCGGCCGUCGGAGCCAUGAAACAGUGAAGAACGAGGGAUGCAACUGCGAGGCAACGUGCCACCUGGACGAGGAGAGGGAGCAGGAGCAGCGGCUGAGCCCAGUCUCGGUGAUGGAUUUCCAAAGCCAGCAGGAUGGAGACGACGAUUGCAACGACGACGGCCAUAGCGAGGACGAGGGCACGUCGCCGACGUUUGAGCCAAGCCUGGCCAACAUCCAAAGAUCGAGCAGCCAACAAUUGCUUCAGAGGCUCCGACGAUUCGAGCAGUUGGCGGAGUUGGACACACCCGACACGGGCAACGGAGAACUGGACUCGGUGCAAGACAACCCAGACGCUGAACGUGGGCUCGUACCGGAAGCAGGCUCGCCGUCGCCGUGUCCUGCCCACCGCUUCAAGAAGCUUCUGGAAGAUUUCUUUCGUGAGGGCCUCUCCCCCUGCCAUUCUGCUGGGGCUUCGGACGAUCCAGAGCUCGAGACGUCGUUGCUGGAGACUGCCAAGGCGUGGCUGGAUGGGCGACGUUGCGCGCUGAUCAGGUCGGAUCAAGAGGCGGAGGUGGAGGAGGAGAUCGAGCGGCUGGGACGGUGGAGGUGUUUUGGAGAAGAUGACCGUGAGCCGAUGAGCUCAGACGUGGAGUGUGGUAUAUUCUGCUGUCUUGUGGAAGAAUUAGUUGAGGAUUUGUGCUGAUGGUGGGGAUUCGUGUUGCGGGUCUUCGAGACAUCGGUUCAGAGGUAAUUCCGAACAUGAGCACAAUUGCUUGCCGAUCUGCUAUCACACGCAUAAAUGUAACCAGAAGAUCAACCACAGACUCACAGUCCAGGUUUGUUGGGUAUGGAUAAAAGUAUGACUCCUUUCCAAACACACUGUCUGUCCUGCGUCCGAGGAGAGGAUGAAGUAAAAAAAAAGUGAUGUAAACUUAUUCUCAAAUUAAUAAAGUGUGUCUGAUAGCUUCUCU